CGAACCCAGAUUCCUAUUCCACUCUUUGUUUUAGAGAAAAACGAUGCGUUUAGCCCACACGCUUCCAUUCUUCUUAGGUUUUCUUCCAGUUCCAGAAACCUACAGUCAAGAACAAAAACAGAGUACCACAAUAGAGAUAAGCUAAAACUAAAUCGCAGAAUGAACAACACCAGAUUUUUACGUGGUAUCCGGUAUGCAAUGUGCAAAACCGACUAAUCCACGGUCAAAGAUAUACGAUUUGAGUCCUUUGACGAUUCACUAGCACCGCAUUCUUCAGAGUUACAAUACACCGAUUCAAUCCCAAGUAACUUGCAGUCACUCGAUCAGAAUUACUCUCAGAACAUCCGCUCCCUGCCAAUGAUCUUCUCCUAACACCCGAAUCCCUCAACGAGCUCUCUCCCUAACAGCUCUCUUCCUUUUCUCUUUACAACUCAGACACCCUUACUGUUUCUGCUAUUGAAAGUGUAUUGAAAAGGCUAAUCUAUUCUACCCAAACCUUAUCCUUUUAUACUCCUGUGUUGCUGCCCGUUGAAUGAUUUCCGGAGAUUCAUCUUCGAGAUCAUUGAUGGCUUAAUUUGUGGAACCUUUCUUCAAUUGUUCUGCUGAUCAUUUAUUCCUUCGUUUCAUUCCUUUUAAUUGUCAAGCUUUCUCCCAACAAAAUCUGAACAAGCAGGCCACCUAUUUUUCUUAUACCUCAAUUGAGAAUUGAUAUGUCGAACAUUUCUACAACUACUCAAUAAAAGUUCAUAUGCAUUAAUAAACAAAAAAUAAUAAUAAAUGAUUGAAGGAAAUUAUGCAACGGUCUCAAUUUUCAUUCAUACGAGUAAAAGAAUUGAAUAUGUGUCAAACUUCAUCGUCUGGCAAGACUGUUCGACAAAAUCGUCAACUAUGUACAUGAGUGGUGCUUUGAGUAACUACAUUUUGUUCGAGUUACAAACAAACAAAUACAAGGAUACUGAUCCGGAAGUUUUCGUAACCCAAUCAUGUAUGAUGAAAUUUAUCAAGAAUUUAAUUUAAGCAAUGUUUUUGAAACCGUACCCUAUCGUCCGUUUCGGACUGGGAAUACCGGGUACCUGAUGUCAAACGAUAGGCGGUUUUAGCUGUAUGAAACGGCUGGACCACAGUUAAACCAAAAUUUCAGUACAAAAUACUCUAACACUAAAUUUUCCUAUAUGACCUCUAAUAUAGUUUCACAAUAUAUUUAAUUAGAAAAUAUUAUUCAAAAAUAACUUAAUUUUUGGAUAACUAUGACUAUAAUUCAUCGAUAAAGCAAAACAAUUUAGUAAAACUUUAUGGUAACCAAUUUGCAAUUGCCUAAUCCUUAUUCGUUUAGGUUUCACAUUCCUUGUCCUACAAGUACAAGGAUUACCCUAGUACUAAUCCUUUUUCCUUACUGAAUAUUGAUUAUCAUAACACUACUAUAAAUAUAAAACCAAUUGAAGAAGUAAACUAACGAACCACACUUGAAGCGAUACAUCAAAGAACCGCCAUGGACGGCCUAAUCCCUAUGGCGUAUCGUGCCCUCAAGAGCUACAAAGCUCAUCGCGGCUACAAGUGCCUCUCCACCGCCGCCGCCGCUGAUGAUCUCCACGACAGCGCCGACAACAAUACCUCGUCCAGCAAGAGAGUUGGGUUCUUCGACAACCGUGAGCAAAAGCUACUCGAAGAAGGGCGUCGCCGCCGGCAGAGCUGCGAGGAAGCAGCCGCAGGAGAUCCGGCAGAAGCGUAAUAGAGAGCAGCCGUUGUUCGUUCCAUCGAUGUAGAGGUUAGCGAAAGAGCUAAACCCAGCAAAAAAAAAAAAAAAAAAAAAGAAGAUAAUAAAAGAAAGAACUCGGAGAGUCUUGCACUCUCCCGUGGACUAGUCCCAAUUUUUUUUGGGGAAACCACGUAAAAAUCGUGUCUCGUGUUUGUUUAUGUUUUCCGUAUUUUCGAUUUUGGUCGAUUCGAUAUAAUUAACAUAGUAGACUAGAUUAUGGAUCUCAAACAAAUAUGGUGAACAAGUUUCAAUUUUUGCGCAAACCAAGAACAAAGUAUUGCAACCCAGCUAAUUGCGAGAUGAUCGAAAAUCUGAGAAACAAAUUGACGGGUGAUAAUAUAUUCAUUUAAGUGAA